CUAUAGAGCCAGCGGAAGGACCGACCACAACCGCCGGGCGCUCCCGAUCGAGGACUUGCCCCACCCGCCCCCCUCCCCGCCCCCACGGGGCUCCGAACUCACUGGUGAGCGCGGCGGCCCGGGCGCUGGAUGCGGGGGCAGCCGCGAUGGCCCCGCGCGCGGGACAGCCGGAGCACAGGGGCCCGCUGCUGCCGGGGCUGCUGCUCCUGGCGGUGGCGCUGAGCCGACCCGCCGCGCCCUGUCCCUUCCAGUGCUACUGCUUCGGCGGCCCUAAGCUGAUGUUGCGCUGCGCUUCGGGCGCCGAGCUCCGGCAGCCGCCGCGGGACGUGCCACCCGACGCGCGCAACCUCACCAUCGUGGGCGCCAACCUGACUGUGCUGCGCGCGGCCGCCUUCGCCGGCGGGGACGCGGACGGGGAGGAGGCGGAGGCGGCGGGCGGCGGGCGCCUGCCGCUCCUGACCGCUCUGCGCCUCACGCACAACAACAUCGAGAUGGUGGAGGACGGCGCCUUCGACGGGCUGCCCAGCCUGGCGGCGCUCGACCUGAGCCACAACCCGCUGCGCGCCCUGGGCGGCGACGCCUUCCGCGGGCUGCCCGCGCUGCGCUCCCUGCAGCUCAACCAUGCGCUGGCGCGGGGCGGCCCCGCGCUGCUGGCCGCGCUGGACGCCGCGCUCGCCCCGCUCGACGAGCUGCGCCUCCUGGGCCUGUCAGGCAACGCUCUUAGCCGCCUGCCGUCCGCCGCGCUGAGCCGGCCGCGCCUGGAGCAGCUGGACGCGCGCCUCAACGCGCUGGCCAGCCUGGGCCCCGACGAGCUGCGCGCGCUCGAGCGCAAUGGCGGCCUCCCCGCGCCGCGCCUGCUGCUCGCCGACAACCCCCUGCGUUGCGGCUGCGCUGCGCGCCCCCUGCUGGCCUGGAUGCGCAACGCCACGGAGCGCGUACCCGACGCGCGGCGCCUGCGCUGCGCCUCCCCGCGGGCGCUGUACGACCGGCCAUUCCUGGACCUGGACGAGGCGGGGCUGCGCUGCGCCGAAGGCGACGCCGACGGUCGCGGGGAAGAAGUGGAACUUGCCGGCCCGGAGCUGGAAGCCUCCUACGUCUUCUUCGGGCUGGUUCUGGCGCUCAUCGGCCUCAUCUUCCUAAUGGUGCUCUACCUAAACCGCCGUGGCAUCCAGCGCUGGAUGCGCAACUUGCGCGAGGCGUGCCGGGACCAGAUGGAGGGCUACCAUUACCGCUACGAGCAGGACGCAGACCCACGCCGCGCGCCCGCCUCGGCCGCCCCCGCCGGUUCUGGGGCCACUUUCCCCGGUUCGGGCCUCUGAGCUUCGCUUGUUGGGACUUGGGGGCUACCCCUGCCAGCUGAUGACCUGUCCCGAGGCCGUGGGUAUGAGACACCCGCGAGCUUGGGGCUUUGAGACCUACG